UUUUGUGCUUAAUGCACUUGAAUUGUGUGGAAUAAGGUCUAACUAAAAAUAUUCUGAAGUAUAUUUGAUUGUGCUAAAGUGGAACCAUUGCAAGGUACACUUUAAAUAUAUUGCAUUUAAAGGCUGAUAUUAAAAUAUCUUACUCUUUUACUAGGGCAGACAACAGUCAGGACUUUUGACCUACAGUAUGCUUGUAACUAAGGUUAGUGGUAUCUGUUUAGUUUUAACUACAGUAAUAGUUAAUGAUUUAUUUUAUAUAUCAUAAAACAAUUCAACAUUUUUUUUAAUAUUCGCCUACAUCAACGACACAGCUACAGAUGGCUGGGAUAUCAACUGACCCGAGAAAUGUCCCCAAUUAUAUUGUGCAACAGUGAGCUGUGCAGGUGAGUGACAUUCACAGCGGAGCGACGCACCUGAGGGGGAGAACUAAUCAGCAACGUGACGUCACGCUGGGGUGAAUAGAGCUAGCUGAAGCGGAGCUGUUCACUCACACAGGUGCUUAACACCGAUACUCCACCAACACCGUCACACCACAUGAAGGCCAUGAGAGCAGCAUUUCUUAUUGCGUCUCAUUUGCUGUACCAGCUAGUUUACGUUGACACAUCAAGAACUACAGACUGCAUUUCGCAAAUGGAUGCUUGUGUUUCUCCACACUUCUGCAGAAGUGAACAGGCUGUUCUCCGAAAUAUCUGCAAUUUUAAAGAUGGAAGCUGUCACAUGACUGAAGCAAAGGUCUGUAACACCACUCUUCAGAUGAUGUUCAGCCGCUCGUCUGCAUUGGGACAGUGUGUGUGUUCUGGACCGGAUCCAUGCAGCACUCUACAGCAGCUGUACUCUCAGUGCCAGCAUCACUGGGCUCCAAAAAACAAGCAACUUGAGGCAGAAUGGCAAGCUAGCGAUCACAAAGAACAUGUACACCGCACCAACCAAUCCUGUCUUGAAGAAGUAGUGGCUUGUCUUGGGGAUAAAUCCUGUAACAGCCGAAUGGUGCCAUUUGUCCAGGAAUGCAAUGCCUACCAAUGCAACCCAAGUCAGUGCAGAGAGGCAUUGAGGCAGUUCUACUCAGCUCUUCCUCACAAUGUGGCUGAGAAACUGGUGUUCUGUGACUGUGAUAGAGAAGACCAGGAAUGCCAGCAGAUGAAAGCCUCUCUACACUCUGGAUCCUGUACAAGUGAGCAGUCGCAGACACCCUGGACCUGCCUGGAGGCACUGGACAGCUGCUCUGAAGAUACAUUGUGCAGGCAGAUAUUUAGCAGUUACCUCUCCAAAUGUUUUGGGGAAAAGGAAUCUGCGCAUGAAACGACCAGUGAAUGGCUAAGUCAUCUGGACCCCGACUUCUUUCUUGGGCACGACGUCCAAUGCAGGGUGGCAUUUGUGGAAACAAUGGGCUCAAUACUUCAUCAUCCAUGCACUUGUGAUGGAUUACAUCAUCAUGAUCAGUAUAAUUGCAAUGAGCUAAAACACAUUUUCCAGGACAAGUCCCUCUUCAUACUCGCAGGGACCAAAGAAAAUUUCCGACAUGAAGAAUCCCAUGAAUUCAACACUGGGCAACAACCAACCAGUAAAACAAGCACUGAACAGCAGUUGUUAAGUGGUGAAAUUGUCCAACCUGGACAAUUCGAUGAUUCAAGCAAUGGGCAACGACCAACCAAUGAAUCGAGUGUGAAGCAGCAGUGGUUGAGUGAUCAACUGUUUUACAUACUGAUAUACAUCUCUGCAUUAAUGGUGGUGGUAUUGUUUGUGGUCAGUCUGGUUUUGCACAGACUUUGGAGAAUACACCAAGCUGCUGGUAAACCAACUUUUGAGGCCCAUCAGUCAAAGUCCCUGAUGUUGUCAUCUGUUAUUAUUUAACCUGUUAAGACACAAUGAUUGCCAACGGCCUCAGAUUAUUAUUGUUUCACUUUCAAACAUCAGACUCAUACUUGAUCUUUUGGGUAUGUCAUUUAUUUCUCCAUGCAUGAGAAGGGGUUAAGUGGCAGUGAUAUUUAUGAUACUUUGGCCAUUGUAGGUAAAUCUUUCACUGUGAAUUUUGAAUAUCCUUAUAAAAUAUUUAAAGGGGUCAUAUGAUGCGAUUUCAAAUUUUCCUUUCUUUUUGGAGUGUUACAAGCUCUUUGUGAAUAAAGAAGAUCUGUGAAGUUGCAAAGACUAAAGUCUCAAAUCCAAAGAGAUAUUCUUUAUAAAAUUUGAGACUCGUCCAUGCACCCCUGGAACGGCUCGUUCUAACACGCCCCCACAUCUCUACGUCAGUAUGUGGGAAUAUUUGCAUAACGCCGCCCAGAUGUUCACGCAAAGAAAGAAGGCGUACCUUUUAUUCUCGUUGUAGUAUUGUUGU